AUGGCGUGGUUUAGAAACAAGAGCUCUGCUUCACCGUACUCAACUUUGGACAGGAAAGUAGACAGAAAUGAGUCUAAAACAAGCACAGAAAACGAAGAUUCAUUCAGAAGUUUAUCUGAAGACGCAGAGGGGGAUGUCAGUGAGGGUCAACAUGAGGCUGACGAAGGCCGGGAGUCCGGGAGGAAGCUGCCAGGGCCAGAAGAAGAAGAGUUUGACAGCAGAGAGCAUGGAGCUGGCACCACGGUUGGAUACAGUGGGUUUCGCUCGCUUCGGGAUUGGAUAGUGCGCCGCACACAGAUGGUGUUUGGACCUUUAACUUUUUCAAAGAAAGACAGAAAUGAGUCUGAAACAAGCGAUGACAACACACGUGCACUCAAGAAUUCACCUGACGAUGCAGAGAGGGUUAUUAGUCCCGAACUAAAGAGGUCCUCAGAUAAUGGUGAGGAGCCCGAGACCAAGUGGACAAGGUCUAACCAAGAUAACUUUCAAAAUGAUCGAGUUGAGACCGUUGAUGAAAAUGUUUCUAUGGUACACCCAAAUGAGUCUGAAAUGCGCACGGAAAAUGCAGUUGACGAAGGGAAGAAGCUGACAGGGCCGGAAGAAGAAGAGGAAGAGUUUGACAGCACAGAGUAUCGAGUUCACACUACGGAUGAAUUCUACUGCGACUAUGAUUCAACCUGGGAGACCGACCCGAAUGAGGAGACCCCACCCAGCAGGAUCAGACAGACAACAAACUAUUACAACUUCAGCAGAUUUGAACGUGCUGCGAGAGACAUGCAGAACUACAGACAUGACUACCCUAGCCAAAUCAAGACACAGCACAGGAAGAAGAACACAAAUGACGACAAGUCUAAUCUGAAUUUCUACCUUGGAAAGAAACGAUCGGUGCCAGACGGUGUCAGCAUAACUGAGUUCCAUGAACAGUGGUAUGGAGACUAUGAAAGCCUUGAGCACGUGCAAACCUAUAAUCAGUGGUUGUUCCCACUGCAAGAACCAGGAGUGAACUAUGAGGCCAGUACACUGACAAAGGAAGAAAUUACGGAUUUUUGUAAUCACAGCCUUGCACAGGAAAACCUGCUGAAGUCGUACAAGCUUAUGUUGGACUUUUAUGGUAUCGUGUUGUGUGAUGAAAAAACUGGAGAAGUCAGGAGAGCAAAGCACUGGGAAGAAAGAUUUGACAACCUUAACAGUCACACACACAACAGCCUGCGCAUCACUCGCAUCCUGAAGUGUCUGGGAAACCUGGGUUACCGUCACUACCAAGCCCCUCUGGUCCACUUCUUCCUGGAGGAGACUCUGGUCAAUGGACAACUUCCAAACAUCAGGGACAGCGUCCUCAGCUACUUUAUGUUUGCUGUACUUGAUAAGAAAAAGUGCAGAGGUCUCAUCAAGUAUGCAUAUUUGAACUAUGAGCCUAAAGAUGAGUUUGUGUGGUGCCCAAAGAAAAUCCAAAAAUUGUGGUCAAUGCAGCCCAAGGCAGCAAAGGAAGAGGCCGCUGACUCUCUGGAGUCACAGGAGGACACUGUGAUUUCUGACAGUGAAGCACAAGAAGAGGAAAACCUGUCUGCAGAUGAGUCGUGUAACAAUGCAGAGUAUGAGUCUCGUGAGGGUGAAGAAACUUUCAGCCAUAAUGAAGAUUGAUUGAUGACAAUGAAAAGCUUAUUCAUCUUAUGCUGAAUAAUACUGAUAAAUUAUACUGUGUAUGGAGUGUAUGCAGAUCCAGUGAUUUAGUUCAGCAGUGUAGUUAGUCAAAAGGCCUGAUUCUUUAUGGAAAUGUUUGCUUACUUCAGUAUUCAUCAGCUUUGCAUAUUUGAACUAUAAACCUAACGAUGGGUUUGUGUGGUUCCAAAGGAAAAUCCAAAACGUUGUGGUCAGGGAUGCCCAAGCACAGAAGGAGACUCUGAAUCUUAACAGUGAUUUUUAUGCUGCUCUCCUUCCUGACACAACCUCAGAGGGAUAUGCGUCUCCUUCUGGUAUUGAAGAUUGAUGUUAAAUGUUAGGUGAAUGUCUAAACCACUAUACCAUGUGGACAAAAUUUAUGAAACACUACUUAAACAUAACUACAAAAUUGUUCACGCCCCCCUGGAAAUAAACUUUUAAACUAGAAAAGCCACAAUCCUUCCUUUUCCUGAAACAACUGACAUCAACCCAUCUGUGGUUAGAUUCAAGCACCUCUGUCUGUAAUAAAAAAGGAUGAAAUGUGAUGUUUUUACUGAAAUGCCAGGCAACAUUACUGGUUGUUUUUUUCGGUCAGCUAAAUUUCUGUCUUCAGUUAUGUGUUUUUUAAGGAAACUGUCGGUUUCAUUAAUAUAUAUCACGUUACAUGGAUAUUGUAUCAUAUAAAUUCAUUCUCAGUCUUACAGGUGAUAAACCCCACACCUUCUUUGGUUGCAUAAAGGUUGGAUAAUGUUAUAUUGUUUAUGCAGGUUACAAUUUGAAGUGGCCUUGAAGAGGCUUGCUGAUACACUAAGCCUGUUUUUCCUCCUUAUGGUUUUAAAACCAUUCAGGUACUUGAAGUUUUUACCCUUCAUCACCUCAUAUCGUUAUUUUUUCAUUGCUUUUUAUUUUCCUUGCAGAUGUAAAAAAAACAAAACAAA